AUAAAUGGAGUCCACAAGGGUGGCCAGCCUCACUGCCAACAUGAAGAUCCUUCUCAUUUUUGGAUUGGUGGCUGUUGCCCUAGCUGACAUCACUCGCUUUGAGGGAGAGAGCGUCUUCCGCCUGAAGCCUGUGCUUGACGAGCAUGUGACCCUCAUUAAGGAAAUGGGUAAAAGCAUGGAGGUUGACUUCUGGAAACCAGGCAAUCCUGAACAGGUGACCAUUGACAUUGAUGUGGACAUCCGUGUUCCUGCAAUGUACAUUGACAGUGUGAGCACCAUUCUGCAGCAGAGUGACAUGGAGCACGAGGUUCUUAUUGAGAAUCUGCAGGCUGCCGUGGAUGCCCAAACAGGCAAUGGAGUGUCCCCCAAGGCCCACAGCUACACCAAGUACAACACCUGGAGCACAAUCCAGUCCUGGAUAACUUCAAUUUCCUCCUCCAACCCUAAUCUGAUCAGCAAGCAAGUAAUUGGAAACACCUACGAGGGACGUCCUAUGAUUCUCCUCAAGCUUGGUAAGAAGUCAAGUUCCGUCAAGCCUGCCAUCUUCAUGGACUGCGGUAUCCAUGCUAGAGAGUGGAUCUCUCCUGCUUUCUGCCAGUGGUUUGUCAAGGAGGCUCUGUCCACCUAUGGCAGUGAUGCUGCGAUGACCAACCUGCUCAACCAGAUGGACGUCUUUGUUCUUCCCGUCUUUAACAUUGAUGGUUAUGAGUACACCCACAAGAGUAACAGGAUGUGGAGGAAGACUCGCUCCAGGACGCCUGGAACCAGCUGCAUUGGGGCUGAUCCCAACAGAAACUUUGAUGCUGGCUGGUGCACUGUCGGAGCUUCCAGCAACCCCUGCAGCGAUACAUACUGCGGCUCCAAGCCUGAAUCCGAGAUUGAGGUCAAGAACGUUGCCAACUUCAUCCGUGCGAACAAGUCCAUCAUCAAGGCCUACAUCACCAUUCACUCCUACUCCCAACUGCUGCUCUUCCCGUACUCCUACACGUAUACACUGGCUGCACACCACAGCGAACUGUUGCAGGUGGCUAAAGGAGCAGUUUCAGCCCUGACUAGUCUGUAUGGCACACGCUACACCGCUGGACCUGGAGCAGCAACCAUCUACCCUGCUGCUGGAGGCUCUGAUGACUGGGCCUAUGACCUGGGAAUAAGAUAUUCCUACACCUUCGAGUUGCGUGACACUGGUCAUUACGGCUUCCUGUUGCCCGAGUCUCAGAUCAAGCCCACAUGCGAGGAGACCAUGCUGGCCGUCAAGUACAUUGCUGCCUACGUGCAGAAAAACCCUUAUUAAAGAGCGGAACUGCCAGGACCCCUGCCAACUGGGCUCCUCUCUACCAACCCCCAACCACUCCAACCUCUCAACCAUCUCCAACCCGUAUCCAUGGAUACAAACACCACCCACCAUGUUCCUCUCACUGUUCCUGACAGAAUGU